CGGGCAGUGGGCAGCAGACCGGCGCUCGGACGUCCUCUCUUCCUACUGCUCCUGCGCUCCUGCUCCUGCGCCCGCUCCUUAGCCCCGAGAGCCCGCCCGCUGAGUGUGCGCCGGCCCUGAGGCAGCCGCGCUGCGCCCUAUCCCGUCCCUCCUGGGCACUCGGAGGGCAGCGCAUCCGAGGCCAAAGUUGCCCCGGUUGGCCGGGUGACAAGCUCGGCUGCAGCAGCCUCGCCGGCGGCGCGCACGGCAACUUUGGAGAGGCGAAAAACAACCCCGGCAGCGGCGGCAGCAGCAAUGACUCCCUGGUUCGGGCUUGUUGUGCUUUUGGGCACCUGGAGCCUGGGGAACUGGGGCGCCGAGGCGUGCACAUGCUCGCCCAGCCACCCCCAGGACGCCUUCUGCAACUCCGACAUAGUGAUCCGGGCCAAGGUAGUGGGGAAGAAGCUGGUGAAGGAUGGGCCCUUUGGCACGCUGGUCUACACCGUCAAGCAGAUGAAGAUGUACCGAGGCUUCAGCAAGAUGCCCCAUGUACAAUACAUCUACACGGAAGCUUCCGAAAGUCUCUGUGGCCUUAAGCUGGAGGUCAACAAGUACCAGUACCUGCUGACAGGUCGUGUCUAUGAUGGCAAGGUAUAUACAGGGCUGUGCAACUUUGUGGAGAGAUGGGACCAGCUCACCCUCUCCCAGCGCAAGGGGCUGAAUUAUCGGUAUCAUCUGGGCUGUAACUGCAAGAUCAAGUCCUGCUACUACCUGCCUUGCUUUGUGUCCGCCAAGAACGAGUGUCUCUGGACCGACAUGCUAUCCAGCUUCGGCCACUCUGGCUACCAGUCCAAACAUUAUGCCUGCAUCCAGCAGAAGGGUGGCUACUGCAGCUGGUACCGAGGAUGGGCCCCUCCGGACAAAAGUGUUACCAAUGCCACAGACCCCUGAGCACCAGGCCCUGCCCCACCUCACCUCCCUCCCUUCCUGGCUGAGCUUCCCUCGGACACUAACUCUUCCCAAAUGAUGAUGACAAUGAAAUUAGUGCCUGUUUUCUUGCAAAUUUAGCACUUCGAACACUUAAAGAAAAUUCUAUGCUGUCAUACGGA